AUGGCUCCAAUCUCGAAGGACAGUGAGAUUUUCAUUGCGGCAAUAGACUUAGGAACUUCAUUUUCUGGGUGGGCAUUUGCCACUAUUUCGGAUCUGGAGCAAGAAAUAAAGCCUAAUAUAUAUAUUAAGUCUUGGUAUUCAACAUACACGCAAAUUGCAACAGGAAAAACACCAACAUGCGCUUUGAUAAAACCAGACGGUCAAACCCUAGACUCAUUUGGCUACGAGGCAGAGAGAAGAUAUGACGAUCUAGUAUCAAAGAAACAACACGAGAGUUAUUUCUUCUUUAAAAACUUCAAAACUAGUCUGUAUGGAAAAUAUUACCAGCCGUUAAAGACUGGAAUGAAGCUAAUUGAUCAGAUGGGAAAGGUGCUACCAGCAAUCAUCGUAUUCUCAGCAAGCAUUCGGUUUUUAGCCGAGGACAUGUUCACUGAUUUAAAAAGAAGAUUUCAAGAUAUAAGAUCGGGAGAUAUUAAAUGGGUAAUCACCGUCCCUGCCAUCUGGACAGACCAAGCAAAAUAUUUGAUGAGGGAAUAUGCCUUACAGGCAGGAUUAUCAUCGGAGAGUAUAAUGAUAGCACUUGAGCCAGAAGCUGCGUCAGUUUGUUGUCGACAACUUGAUGUGUGUACUGUUGAUAGAGACACGGGUGUUACAUUAUCCUCCCUGGAGGUUGGUAGUAGAUACCUCGUGCUGGAUGCUGGGGGUGGAACAAUAGAUUUAACAGUACAUGAAAUCACAUCUGCACAAUGUAUUAAACAAGUUGUGGCCUCAAGUGGUAAUAUACACGGUGGUAAUGCAGUGAAUGAUGAGUUCGAAAAUUUUUUGAAAACAGUUUUAUCUGAUGAAAAGUAUGAACGAUUUAAACGGACAGAAACUGAAGAUUGGCUGUACUUAAUGGGUGACUUUGAAACCAAAAAGAAAUCUUAUAACCCCCAAAAACAUGAUCAUGUAAAUAUGAGGAUUCCGCAAAGUUUGAAAGAUAUAUAUGAAUCAAGUAAGCGAAGUUCGAUUACUAACGUGUUUAAGAAACAUAAAAAUUUAAAAGAUGUUUUCGGAGAAAUGGAUGUCACUUUAAAAAGGGACAAGCUCAGUUUCCCGUCACACGUUUUUGGCAGGUUUUUUCACCUGGCGAGUGUAAAAGCAGUGCAUGAAAUCAAAAAGAUGAUAGGGAAAAUAAAUGGAGAAAGAAUUUCCUGCAUAAUUAUGGUAGGUGGCUUCUCUGAAUGUAUUAUUUUGCAACAAGCUGUUAAAACUGAAUUUACAGACAUUCCUGUUGUUGUACCAAUAGAGGCUUCGACUGCAGUGCUAAAAGGUGCAGUUUUGUAUGGACAUCAUCCUUUUGUUAUUUCUGAGAGGGUUGUAAAAUAUACAUACGGUGUUUCAAGUAUUGCAAAAUUCAUACCGGGUGAACACCCAAUUGAAAAGCGUUUCGUCACUGAUAUCGGAGUGGGGUGCACAGAUAUAUUCAACAAGCACGUUACUCGGGGAGAUUUAGUCAAAACAAGAGAAUCGCAAUACAGGGAAUGGUAUUUUCCACAGUAUCGAAAUCAAAAGAAAGUAGAAUGGGAUAUAUGUGUAUCAAAACUUGCAAACCCUAGGUUUACCACAGACAAGGACUGCCAUGUUAUUGGCAAGAUCAUCUUAUACUUAUCUGGCUCAGAUGAUAUGUGUCAUAGCCCGCUAGAAGUAACAUUUAUGUUUGGAGGCACAGAAAUUACUGUUACUGCCGAAGAAGCGAAGACACGGAGAAAUGUGAAAACAGUUGUCAGUUUCCUUGAAUAAGGUUGACGUGAAAACAACGAACUCAUUUCUUCGCUUACCAUUCCGUAGAUUACACUUGACAGAUUUUAGAAAACAACGAACUAGAAAUUUCACAUACAUCUAGAUGUCUUCUAAAGCAACAAUGAUGGGAAUAUUGCAGUUUUGUUUUAGUUGUGUUUAUAUGUAUACAUUGUACACAGCACACAGAACAUAAUUGAUAACUACCACAACCGUCAUCAAAUUUCAUUUAUUUAAAUAUUUCAUAUUUAAAGCUACAUUAAAUGAAUAUGUAAAAAUAUUUUUGCCGUCGGCCGAAAAACCAAGCAUUCUACAGUUUCAUUAACCUUUUUAUAAGUAUCGUUGUAAAUCUCAUCAAAUAUUGUUUGAUAAGGAUUUUAAACGGAAAACCCUACGGUAACACUAAAGUUUGUAUACGAAUUUUAACAUGCAAAUGUAGACUAUAAUCAGCUCGCGUUCCUAUCCGGAACAGAGCAAAAAUAAGAUUUUCUUGUGCAAACAAACACACUUAACGGUUUAAGCUUCACGGUGCACUAGGCCUGGGGUUCAGAAAAAAUAAUCAUCUCAUAAAAAAGAUUAACUUUUUAUGAAAAUAUCGUUACAAUGCGGAAAUAUACCGUUGAAUUAGGACUGCUACUUAUAGACAUGUUUGUUGAUUAAACAUUGAUGUACGGAUGGUCUGAAGGCGGAGUUUCUCAUGCAAACAGAAAUUGUACUUCCGAAUUCGCCACAAUGAGGUUGCACAUUUGUAUGCCUAUAAAACUCUUUGUGGUUGUCUGGACACCAACAUAAGAUCUGGAGUCGAUAUGAAACUCAAUUUAUUAAUGAAAUGUCGUUAUUUCUGUUUUUUUUUUUUUAAUUUAUUAAAUGUAACUUUAAACAACUGAUGGAAUUCCUGAAAAUAAGUAACCAUUUGACAUCGUGUCAUAUUGAGUCAGAUGUAAAGUAAUCGAGUAACUCAGUCGAUUACAAUAUACAUCAACGUAACCUUAAGCAUAUAAUUGUUAGAAAUUAGCAUAGAAAUUGUUCUAGGAUAUUCCUAGCAUGGCGCUCUCCUAAAAUUGUUCUAAUGGUUCUGCUGAGUUCAACAUCUGGGUCAGGAGGGCUGAAAUAGAUUUUUAAAAUAAAGUCUUUAAAAAAAUCUUUUUCUCUGAAAGUGCAAGGCCUAAAGCUAUGAUAUUUUGUGUGUAGCAUUAUCUUAUAAAACUCUAAAACAAUUGUUCAAAUUAUAGCCCUGGGGUCAAAAUUGGCCCCGCCCCGGGGCCAUUGACUUUCACGAUGUACAUAUAAUAACAAAAUAAAAAAGUUUUUCCUUCUGACAGUGCAAAGCAUAGAGAAGAAUAUAUAUAUUUUGUGUGUAACCUCAUUUAAAUAGAUGAAAAUCUACAAAAGAAAUAUUCAAAAUAUAGCUUUGAAGUCAAAAUUGGCUUCGCCCCAGGUUGUCAUAGGUUUUCCUUGUAUCGAGGGUUUAGCGCAUGACUGUAGUAACUGUAUAUUUGUACAUUUUACAAGAGAGGCAAACAAAUCUUUUUUAAACUCUUCAACCUCAUUGUAACUAAGAGGUAGGGGUUCGGGGGAUGAUUCUUUGUAUCAAUUUUUGUAUAUUAAUUGUAUAUUAAUUGUAAUGCCAAUAAGGUACUAUUUUGUCCAGCAGUCCCAAGUAUGAUUCUCUUCUAUGUUGACACUUUUAUUACAGCAGAGGCACAAAAUAGUCAUUCACGAUACUUCCUUGUAUUGAAGCUAAUGUAGGACAAAAAUAUUUUUCAUGUCAAAAAUCGAAUUUUUUCUGGAAUAAGAAAUUACUGUACAGUAGUCAUUUUACAAGUACCGGUACUGAUACUGCGUCACUUACACAAAGUUGAUUUUUUUCAAAAAUUCCAUUUUUUUGACUGAACACACUUGAAAUUCUUUAACUUUAUCUGGUUUUGUUUUGUUAACAGAAACAUUUAAUUUUUAUUAAAUGCAUAAUUGUGUUUUAAAGUAUCCAGAUUUAGCAUGAAGCAUGAUAGUCUACAAUUUGAAACGUACUUAAAGUAUAACUUU